AUGGCAAACGAGGACAUGGAAGACUCGUCCGCAAGUGAGGACGAAAUAAACAAGUUUUUUGCGAAUAUAUCAAACGUAAUUGAUGAAAAAGAUAUAAUCAAAUUAACAAAACAGAAAAAAACGAAAAAAGAAAAAAAAUUAGAAAAGAGAAAAUAUAUAAAAGAAAAAAGAAAGAAGAAUAGACCAGAAGAAAAAAAAAAAAGACAAAAGAAAAAAAAACAAGAGCUGUUAAAAAUAUUAAAUAAUUUAAAUGAGGAGGAGAAAUUUAUAUUUUUAAAAGAAAGGAAAAUAUUGGAACAAACAAAGAAACAAAGAAAAAAAGAAUUUCUAAAAAAUUCUUUUAAUGAAGCAUAUAAAAUUUGUUUUAACUGUUCUUUUAUACAUUACAUGGGAGAAAAAGAAAUUUCUAGUUUAGCUAAACAAAUAUUCUUGUCAUAUCAUUAUAUGAUAAAACAUGAAGUACCUGUACACUUUCAUUUUUCACACUUAAAUAAUUCGGACGAAUUAUUUGUACAACUAAAAAAAAAAUAUUCAUUAAGUAAGUGGAUGGUGCAGGUGCAUGUACAGGAUUUUUGGGAAAUUUUUCCGAAAGACAAAAUUGUUGUCCUCUCUCCUGAUGCGACCGAGGACCUAACAGAAAUAAGGAAGGACCACGUUUACAUUAUAUCAGCCCUGGUGGAUAGGAGUGUUUCCAAGAAUUUGUCCUUCUACCAAGCGUCGUUACACGGCCUAGAGACGAGGAAACUACCCUUGGAGCAAUACGUCAAGAAAAAAAAAAGCAACGUGCUUAACGUAAACACAGUUAUUGAAAUAUUAAUAAGCUACUUAAAGGACAAAGAUUGGCUGAAAGUUUUCGAAAAAUGUAUUCCACAAAAAAAGGUUAUCUCUUUUUGUUAUUAG